CUUAACACCAGCAGAGUGCCAGCAGAGUCAGGGAGUGAACUAAUCUCUGCCUCAAUCCAGCAAGCAGGAACAACAUGCCCUUUAUAAAAGUGCCAGUGGUACACAGAUUUGGCAUUGUAUCCUAUGAGGAACAUGAAAAACUUCAGCAAAGACUGUUGAAAAAAUAUUUGAAAGCAUCUUCACCUAAGAAGAAACAAACACAUAAAAACCCAUUUGAACUUACAGAAGCGUUCAUCGAGGAUUUCAAUGCUUCACUAAAAUCAGAAAGAAAAGAAAAAUUCAUAGAGCUGGCAAAAAAAAUGCUUGCAAGAUGCAAGAGACGAUCAGGUCUUGGCACAUUAGGUUGUGGGAAGUAUGUGGAUCUUCCAGUAGCAUGGACUGAGGCAAUUAUAUUAUCACAGUGCAAAGGAGAAAUCAGUGAAGAAGCUUUUGAAAUUCUUGCAAUUUCCUUGGAUCAUGCCCCUGUUGUUCCAGACCAGAUCCCGGUUUUAUUUUUCAUUGCGGAAUCCAUUUUGUAUAAACUCUGCUAUGAUGCAGUAGAGAAGCCGUAUCUAUACUCAUGUGAAAUCAAGUUGUGCAAGCUUGGAUUUUUGGUCUUUUUGAGGCUUCUUCUAUUAUAUUUCUUUGGUUGUCAGAAGUUUCCAGAAGAAAGCAAAUCCAGGCUACAUAUUGGCUUAAAAGCACUAGGAGCUUGUGAAAUCUGCUACCAACUUUACCCAAAUGUCCUUUUCCUGGUGGACUUUAUGCUGAAGGCUGGAGGAACAAUCUGUGAAACAGUGGUCAUUUCUGAAUCAUCAUUAGCAACGCAUUCAAGUUUGGAAGAAAUACGUGAUAAAGCAUUUCCUGACACAUCACCCAUGAGUACUGGCACAGCAGUUGAAUUAAAUCCCGAACAAAAGCAGUUCAAAAUUAAGCCAUUUCUUUGGCACAGCCUUCUUGUUUGGGUUUGUGUACAUAACAGCUGCUCCGAAAUAGAUGAAGUGCUCAAGCAUGUCCUAUUCUAUAAGGAACAGCUUCAUCAGAAAGACUGGUUGGAAUCAGUAUUGGGUUUGAUGAUUCUUGGAGAGACUGCCAAAUUAAACAUGUCCUGCCUGAAAGUUUUAAUGGACCUUGUGAGAGAUUUUAUUUCAAGCUCUAUGCCUCCUCAGAAGCAGCAAAAGAGUAGUGAGAACUUCAUAUGCUGGCACUGGCAAGUGGGAUUCGUAUACACCAAUAUACUGAGAGAAAUCUGCUUACAUGGCAUUAGUACUGAUUUGCAAAAAACGGCUUUUCUUGGAUUCUGUUAUUGUGUCAAGGAACUGAAGGAGGACAAAGAAUUAAGAGGGGCAAGUUUUCUUGAUCUUUUGUGCUACUGCCCUUCACCAGAUGACUGUCAUGAUCCAUUCUGGGUUAUCCGUUAUGGUGUGAUCUACAAUCUAGUUAUCCUGCGCUGUGAACUCUCUGGGGAUGUGAAUCGAGAAGGAUUAAGGAAUGCUGUGUGGAGAUCUUUGCAGAAACAGAAGGACAUUGAAAAGGAGAGUCGAGUCCUGGAUGCUGCAAAAGUAGCAGAGGUUGAGAGCCAAGGCUCAACAAACCCCUUCCUUGCUUCCAAAGGGAAAGGUCUAUCAAGUCCCAGAGAAGUCUCUUCUUCCCAGUACAUUGGGUGGAGAGUUGCCACUGCCAUGUGCCAUCAUUUCUUGCCACCCAUCGGUCCAGACAUCCCCUUACCCCGCCAGCCUGCACGGAAGCCAUUCUCAGUGCCAAGUCGAGAAUCAGAGCCAACUGUUAAGGAGAAGAAAGCCAAACGCCUCUCUUUAAGGGAAGAACUAUUGCGAGCUGGGAUUCCAAAAUAUCCAUAUCCAGAUUACUUUACCCGCACAGAUAUGGAGCUAAGGAGAAUCAUCGAUACUCAGUGGGAAAAAGAAUUGGAGAUCAGGUUUAAGCUUGAAGAAAAACUCCUGGAACUAGAGCUUCAAGAAAAACAAGAACUGGAAGAGAAGCGCUUCAGGAAAAUAAUGAAAUGGCGCCUAGAAAAGCUGCACAAGACAACAAAACCAUAUGAGCUUCCUUUUAAGCAUGAAGAUGAACUGACAGAGGCAAGCAGCAGCUGCCAGCUGUCAACUCCACAACUAUCCCAGACCUGGACACCAGCCCUCUAAGAGGCUGACUACAAUGUGCAGGCAACAGUGUCUGUCAAAGGCCAACAUUCAUAGUCAGAAAUCCUGUGGGGGAGGGGGAGCAGUUUAAGAGUGAUUUUGAGUGGGAAAACGGUGGGCGGGGU